AUGCCUUGCCGGCGCGUCAGGAGCGGGGCCGGUCCCCGCCGCCUCGUGGAUAUCGACCCGCGUCCCCUGCGCGUCGCGCCCCCGAGCUGCAUGACUCUCGGCGGCGAUGGGACGAAUAUCAGCGGGAAAUUCAGCAUCGCGACCGCCGCUACCGCUCUUCUGAGAGGUCGCCGGAGAAGCGCUCCCCGCGGGAGCGGUCCCCUCCGCAGCGGACGCCGCGGCCGUCGCCUCCGCGUCGGGGCCGCGGGGCUCAUGCGGGCCGUUGGGAUUCUCGCCGCCGUGAGCAGUCCCCGCCCCGUCCUCAGUCGGCUGGGUCUGGAGGGCGUCGUGGGCGGCGGAAUGGUGGCGAUGUUUCUGCCGCGCGGAGUUCCGACUGCGCCUCUCCCCAGCCGCGCGGGGAGAGAUCCCACGCUGAGCAUGUGCCGGAUGUGGAAUUUGGCGGGGGCGGCUGAGGGGCUGGCGAGCCUGCAGCUGGCGGCGUGUGAGGCCAUGCGUCACACACCGAGCAGUUUUGCGCAAGGGCCCCAAGGACAGUGCGUCGCUUGGGCAGGAGAGAUUGUCCCCCUUUUAUCGCCCGUGUCGGAUGCGCCCGCCGGGGGUCUGCUGCAGUACUUUCGUCUUGUGGAGGGCUGUAUCGACCUCAUAUCCACCCACCAACUGCAACACAACAUCUCCUACCGCUGGGUCAUUCGCACACGAGUCGACGGCUACUGGACCGCCCCUCCUCCCCUUCUCCCCUCCCUCCACCCCUCUGCCUACACCAUCCCCUUCGGUUUCGACUGGGGGGGCCUCAACGACCGCCUCGGGAUUGGCUCUUGGGACGCCUCCAAAGUGGCUCUCAGGCGUUUAUCUGCGUUACAAGACUUGUUCAGUGCAGGGUAUAGGGCGCUGACGUCUGAGAAGGCGUUUCGGGCGCAGAUGGAGGCUGCGGGGGUGGCAGUGGCAAGAAAGCAUUUUCACUUCUGUGUUGUGUCGCGGAGGCGGUCCCGAGGAGGCGAUGGGUGUGCUGCCAUGAUGUUUUCAACUGCCACCUACGGGCCGCUGAAUGGGGCCAAGUGCCGGCCCUGCUCCUCCCCGUGUGCUGUUGAUGAUCAGGCGGCGGCAAUCAUCAACACAGUGCGCGCGGCGGGCGGCAUGUACCGCCACCCGUUGCCACCCGGGAUGCAGCUGUGCGACGCGAAGCAGGCGUGGGAGGGCGCGUGGGAGCGGCAGUUCGACCGGGACGUGGAGCGGCAGCGCGGCGGGAAGACCCUGAGCUGGCAGCGCCGCAACAUUGGGCGGGUUGCUGCUAGCCUUGCACAUUGCACGGAACAGUUUAACAAGCUCAAGGCCGUGAGUGUGACGUGGGACUCGCCUCCCCCAGUGGCUGUGUGCAUCCGGGCGCAGCUGGGGGAGGUAGAGCUGAUGGGCAGCAAGACCGGCGAGUUCAACACCUUCACCUCUCUUCUCACCAGCAAAAGCACGUUCAUAUCGGUGACGAACAGCAAGGCCAGCCAGAGCUGGGAGCGGCAUCUCUUCAGGCGCUACGGCAAGGUGCGCGUGGGAUUCAGGAAUGCCGAUUGGCUGGCGUCCCCUCAAUCCGCCAAUGCGAGCGCGACAACUACCCGGCCUUUCAAUGCCGUCAGGGUGAGUGUAGCUUGGUUGAGAUGA